UAGCGUGCUUAAAAAACUGUGUCUGCUUGUCGUAGUUUUUGUGAAUCUUUGUGGACGUUUUUUUUUACGAUUGUUAUGUGACAUUUUCUUCAAAUAUUUUGUGGUUUGAACUUUGAAAGUUACUCACAUUCUUGUCGUAAGUGUUGACACGUGUCGGAUCAAAACGUCGGGCAUAAGACGAAUAAAGUAAAAAUGGCUGAUGUUUUGGAUAUCUUGGAGCUAGGGAGACCGGGAACUCCAGAAGUGACGAAAGAAAGUAUUAUGGGAACGCAAAAACCGAAACCUAAAUACAAACCAAAAAAUGAAGUUUUACGUAAACCUGAGGGAAUGGCACGAGAACUUUUCAAUCUUUUGGUCAAUGAUAGUAAAGAUGCAGCUCCUCUAUUUCCAACUGACACAGGUAAAGGAUACAAGCAAGCAAAAGCUCAUUUAGGUGUCCGCAAAGUGAGACCUUGGAAGUGGAUGCCCUUUACUAACCCAGCACGGAAAGAUGGAGCUGUAUUUCACCAUUGGCGUAGAGCUGCAGAUGAAGGGAAAGAGUAUCCAUUUGCCAAAUUUAACAAGCAAGUCCAUAUAUUUUCUUACACUGAUCAAGAAUAUCAAUUACUACAACUUGAUAAUUGGACAAAGCAAGAAACAGAUCAUUUGUUUGACCUCUGUCGGCAAUUUGAUCUUCGUUUCACCGUUAUUCAGGACCGCUGGGAUAGUACACGAUUCUCAAAAAGGUCAAUCGAAGACUUGAAGGAGAGAUAUUAUGAUAUCUGCAACAUAUUAAACAAGGCAAGGCAUACAACAGGACCAGAGCCAAAGAAUAUUGCUUACGAUGCCGACAAUGAAAAACGUCGUAAAGAGCAGUUAAAAAGGCUAUUCGAACGUACGUCAGAACAAGUCGAGGAAGAAGCUAAUCUACUCCAAGAGUUGAGGAAAAUCGAAGCCCGCAAGAAAGAUCGAGAACGAAAAACACAAGAUCUCCAGAAAUUGAUAACUGCUGCGGACAGCGGAGGUUCAGCUACUGCUGCUGCGGCAGACCAUUCCCCUGCAACCCAUCGAGGCACACCUCCCGACAAAAAACAACAAAUUCGAAAGAAAAAUACCCCAUUUGCUACACCUAAAGCAAAACUUGAGCUCCUGCCCUCCGUGGAGACACCUAAUAGCGGAAUUAAGUUUCCGGAGUUUAAAGCCAGUGGUGUAUUUUUACGCUCACAGCGGAUGAAGUUGCCGCCUAGUGUGGGCCAGAAAAAAUCCAAAGCUAUAGAACAAAUGCUAACAGAACUGGGCUUGGAAUUAAAUCCAAUGCCAACCGAAGAGAUUUGCCAGAACUUUAACGAGCUUCGAAGCGAUUUAGUCCUUUUGUACGAACUGAAACUAGGUCUCUCAACUUGUGAAUACGAAUUACAAGCUUUACGACAUCAAUAUGAAGCUUUAGCUCCUGGAAAAACACUAGAGAUCCCAGCCUCAUUGCUUUCCAAUAAUGAUCCAGCAAUCCCAGCAGAAGACGUAUCAGCCCGGCCCAAGGCCUUGUCUGAAGUUAUUGACGUUGUUGGCUCUGCUGCUACACCUAUGCGAAAGAGAAAAGCGGCCCUCGAACAGAACAACAUGUUGAAGAAGAUAAAAAAUCGCAUGUCGAUAUUUGUGUGUGACUCUUGUUCAGAAAUGAAUGACAAUAACGAACAUGGAAUGGCUGAAUCUCCUUUGAGAGAAACUGUCGCAUCGUUAAGUAGGACACCGAAGGGACGAAUAGUUUACGAUCGUGUUCCUUUGCUACCCAUCAAUCAAUCGACAUCAAACAGUAAAUCCGGCGUUCUCCUGUCUGAGGAUAUCUUUAGUCGGAACCCCGUGGAUUUUCCAGAAAAAUCUGUUGACAGUCAGCAAUUUCCACAUCAGCCAACUUUACACCAUUCAUCUCUGAGCUUAAAUAAUAGAUCAAGCUUUUUUAUGGACUUUCCAGUACAACAUACUGAAAAAAGAAUAAACCAGUUUAAAUGGCAACAGGAACUUUUAUUGAUGCGUAAUACCAACCAGUUGGAUGAAACUACGCCAGUCUAUAACCUGAGUAAUCACAUGAUCAUGCAGCUGUUUGAAUUGAAGGAGGCACAACGUUCAUCUGUGGCAUCUAGCUUCAUGAAAAAAAUGGAAGACUUCAAAGAGUCUUCCCGACGAAAUGAUGAUGAAGAAUGUUUGCGAAAAAAACAAGAAUUGGAGGAAAGAUUGGUGCCAAAAACAGAGUCCCAGAUAGAUGUCGAAAUGACCAUACAACGCCUUCAAAACGAAGCGAGACUACGUAUUCAACAGAAAGAAGACCAAAUAGAUAAAAAACUUAGAGAAGUGCAGUCUAUUCAGGAAAAAGAAUUGCAAGAAGAUCUAAAGAAGAAAACACUAGAAUUGCAAAUAGUCGAAGCUCAAAGACGCAAAGGAAUUUGCUCUGAAAAGUUGGAAUUAAUGUUAAAGUCUCUUGAUGAAUCAAUAAUUUCGUGUCUGAAUAAGGAAUCGUUUCUUCAGACAAUUCAAAUGAAAAUCGAUCGAGUAACUGCUUUAAAAAAUCAGUUUCAGGUGGUGGCAAACACCGCAAAUAAUGCCGAUCCACUCAUUAAUGCGACUCGUAGUGAAAAUAUCGUUCAACAAAUAGAAGACCUUUCUGAAGUAAUUAAAGAAGAUAUUUCAAAGAAUAAUGCUGCUGUUCACGAGAAAGUUAUGUUGGCUAAACGUCAGGCCCAGUCCACUGUACCUGCUCCUGCAGUCAAGCAGGAACAGCAAAACGAUUCCAAUAAUCAUUCUGAAAAGAAGACUAAUGAGACUGACGAAGGAUAUGAAGACCUCAAUUUCGUUCAGAGAGAAGAUUUGUUACUUUAUUCGCAACUACAGUCAGAACUCAGCCAAUACGAAUCCAGUGCCGCCGCUUUUACCAAUGAUUUGUCACUAAAGGCAUUACGAUUUGAGUUGCAAAAGGCCGUCCUUCACCCUCUCAACGAAAUAUCAGAUCUAUCUGGACAACACUUACAAGAUAAGUUAGACAGACUCGCAAGCCUCCUGAGAGGUAAUGCUGUGAAUGUUGGAUCAAGAGUGGUUAGAGCUACAGAACAUCCAGGAGGACUUGAGUACUGUACAAAUUUGCUGGCAAGAAGAAUGGUUUCACAAGGAGAAGAUCAAGUGAACGUUAAUCCAAAGGCAGCCUUCCCAAUUGCUGCUGUAAUUACCGAACUCUGGAUAGAAUUUCCUAUUUUUGGUCGAUUGGUCCUUGCUCAUUUCUACCGGCAGUGUCCUUACCUUGUCCCCUACUAUGCCCCACAGCAAGAGGGUCAAAGCAAUGAAGAUUACUACAAAUCUUUAGGCUAUAGGUAUAGUAAUGGUAAAGUGGAGCAACAACCAGCAUAUCUCAAAAGAAUGUCUGGCGUCGUUCGUCUGUAUGCUGCCAUUCUGAUCAGUUUACCGCGGCGCAAUCAACCUCACCCUCAUGGAUUGGAACAUGCCUGGAGAUACUUGGCCUCCUUACUCAACCUGUCACCCCGGAACGAUAUCACUGCCGCUAUUUUGGUUGAAUUUUUAUCCGUCGCCGGUCAUGCAAUGUCGAAAGAAUACGGGAAACAAUUUCAGAAAAUACUUCAUCUCAUCUGCACCGAAUAUUUUUCAAUGAUCCGGAAUGUUACCCCAAAAGGUUCAGGAGGAGGUCCAGUUACUCGACUUGAAGACUUUCUGCAGGAGUCUAUCACUAAAGGAGGCAUUCCACCCCCUGCUGGCCAACUUCCUCUCCGGUUUUGGUAGAAUGAUUGAUCUAGUAUGGUUUUAUGUAAAGUAUCAUGCAUUUUUUGUGUUACCCAAUUAAAAUACCCCGUUUAAAUCCAACUUACGUUACUAAAGAAAGAAAAGAAUACAAAUGAUUCAUAGUAA